UGAACUGUGAAAUCCAUCAACAUGCACAUUAUUAUCGGAACAGAGACACUGCAACGACCGCUGAAAUCGGGAAGCCAUGGUUCACUUCCUUGUGGCGACAGGAUUACUUUUCACAGCCUGGUCGGCUGUGUUAGCAGACGAGAAAACAGACCUGAAUCAACUGAUGAUAGAUUUCUACGACUGGCGCCUUCAAGACAACCCGCAGUUUGCGACAACUAGCGGUGAAAGUCGAUACGGAAACCGACUAGAGAACCUGACCAUUGAAGCGUAUGAAGCAAGGAAGGCGAAGUGUGAGGACUACUUGGCGAGACUUGACAAAAUUAAUCGCACUAAACUGGAGGAAAAGAGCCAACUGAACUAUGACGUCACGCAUGAAUUUUUAAAGGCAUUUGUCAGCGGUUACGAUUGGCACUUGUACAAUUCCCUGACCCCAAUUAACUUCCUUGAAGGCCCACAUAUCGACUGGGACACUUUUAUAGAAUUUAUACCUUUCAAAACGAAGGAGAAUUAUGAGAGUUAUCUCCAGCGAUUACAACUUCUUCCCAGUCGCCUAGAGCAGAUAGUGGUGCUGAUGAGGAGGGCCAUUGAACUGAACAGGACUAACCAUAAUGUCUCCAUGGAUAGGAUUCCGGGACAAAUAGCGGACACCAUUACAAACUUGGCGGCCAAUGAAACUAAAUUUUACAGUCCAUUCCUGGACCAACUGGCCAGCCUUUCUUUCUCAACAAAUGACACAGACCAACUGCGAAGUAGAGGACUUGACGUCAUUCGGAACAAAGUCCAACCAGCCUACGCAAACCUGUCAGAUUUUAUUACUAACGAAUAUCUCCCUAAUUCCCGAAUUGGUUUAGGAGUGAGCAGCCUUGACAGAGGGUCAGAGUACUACAAGGCGUGUCUUAAGUGGCACGUGACCACUGAUCUUAGCCCAGAAGAAGUGCACGAGAAGGGGUGGAAUGAAAUACGUAGGAUUUCCACAGAGAUGAAAAAGAUUCUUGCCAAACUGGGAUUCUCAGGGUCAAUUCGUGAAUUCGUUGACACCUUGAAAAAUGAUACAAGAUUUUUCUACAAUACCUCAGAGCAGUUGUUAGCAGAAUAUAAGAAGAUAGCGAAUGAGUUGAUACCGCCGCAGCUACCUAAGGUUUUCAAAGAUAUUCCGCAUAUCCCAUUUGAUGUUCGUCCAAUGGCAUUUGAUGGACCAGAUGGGCAGUAUUUCUUGUUUCAAGAAGGGGACACAUAUGGCCCAGGGUACUUUGAGGUCAAUCUCAGGAACCCCAAAACGAGAUUGACACCUGAAAUGGUAGCAUUGACAUUACACGAGCUGGAGCCGGGACACCAUUUCCAGACAGUGUACCAAGUCACGGAGAAUCUGCCGACGUACAGGAAGAAUACAGAGUAUUCCAAAUACUACGCCGUCCCCUUUAACUUUCCGUUCCACACAGCAUAUACAGAGGGUUGGGCACUUUAUGCGGAAGCUUUGGGAGAGGAAAUGGGUGUCUAUAGAAACGACUACGAACUCUUUGGUCGAUAUUCCUCCGAAAUAUUCCGAGCAUGUCGUUUGGUCGCUGAUACUGGACUGCAUUACUUCAACUGGACGAAGGAGCACGCUGUUGAACUGUUUGCUAAUUACACGGCCAACUCCAUAGACGGGAUCAAGAUAGAGGUGGACCGAUAUGUCACGUGGCCGGGCCAAGCAUGCGCAUACAAGAUUGGGGAGCUCAAGAUUAAAGAAUUGAGAAAGAAGGCAGAAGACGCACUAGGAGCACAUUUCGACCUGAAAGAAUUCCAUAAUCGUAUUCUGAAGACUGGACCAGUGCCCCUGAGUAUACUGGAGACAGUUAUUGAUGGCUACAUCAGGGAGAGCAAACCAACUUCUGAACCGACCAGUGGUGCUUUUUUCAUAAAUGCCGGGAAUAUGGUGGCUGUCGUGGUUGUUCUUUGCCAUAUCACCAAACAGUCCACCGCUUAACACAUUUUUGUCCCUUGGAAACAUGCUAAAACGGGCUAUUUAGACAAAUUAUUUUCGGGUUCAGGGAUAAAUAACCUAAGCAUGGUUUUAUACAUGGCUUAUUGGCUGUCACAGUUUGAAACCUGUUGUAACUAUUGUUAUAAUAAACUAUCGAUGGAAAUCUAGACGACGUCAAGCUUUAUACCCUAAAUUGAACUGUAAUUUGACCACUUUGGCACAGACGAAACCUGGCUCAAUAAAUGAAAAACGGAAACGUUGAUGGUUCCAACUCGAUCGUUGCAGAAAUAAACGACGAUCUGGCGCGAUUCAGAAAUUCUUCUUAGAGGUCAUAUCUUAUAGCAAAAGCAAAGGCGUUCACAGAAAGCCUUGAAAACACUUUCUGGUAGCGAAUUGCCCCUCAUUCAACCAAUAAUUCUCUGACACACUGCUUCAUUCAGUUCACGCACCGCAAAACCUGUCACAAGUGUAUACAAAAUUUCAAAAUAUGCUCAGGCGUUGCAAAAUAUGAAGCUUUAUUUUUGACAGAAUCAUGAUAUGUCACAAUCAUACUAGGACCAGCCCAAAAGCUCUAUACUAUCUGACCUGAUCCAUGUGAUACAUAGGCUGUUCUAUGUAAUGUAAUAUCUGUACAAGACUAAUUGGUAGGUUAAUGGCACACUUGGCCUAAUUUUUAGGAUAAGUUAUAAUUAUAAUAACCUCAGCACAUAUAGACAUACCUUUUAAACUAAAAUAGUUCAUAUUCAAUGUGAAAUUAGUAUAAAUGUAUAACAUCGUAGAACAAAAUGUUUACAAUGAAUACCUUGAGUACACGUGCUCAUAUACAAUAUAGCAUUUAUAUGUGUGUUCUAAUUAUGAACUGGAUUAAUCAAAUUUCAAGCGGUGGAGUAUGUAUUUUGUCUUUCAUUUAACAAUCCACAUGUGUCUGAAUAAUAAAAUGAUUAAAAUAUUCCAUCGCACUAUAUAGACGUGAUGAUUAUACGCAAGCAGUGCGUAAAUUGGCUUCGGCAAGGUAAGGGGGCUCGUGAGAGAGCUCGACGACUAUUCCAAUUGGAAUGAAUAAACUAAUACAUAGGUAAAAUGCAAAAUUUUAGCAUUAUCUUAGCACAAUCCGCACUCGUUAAAGAGUACUGCAAAUACAUUAUUCCACUUUGGCAAUAGGAUAUAACUUUUCGUAAAACAUUUGUGAAAAGUGGCGUACAAGCCUACAGUGUUUUUGUUGGCCUUCAGAAUCAGUCGACCUGCUUCGUUCGCAUGGGGCAGAAAAAAAUCAACGUUGGAAUCUCGUGGAAUGAGGUCUACCAGAGCCUUGAAGAGAACCAUGGUUCCGAUCGUAUCUUCUGCAUAGAGGGGUCCAAGGUAGAAACCGUUCCUAGCUGGCCUAAUUGAUCCGUACCCGACUAUCUUUCCCUUCUCCAACAAGACGAGUGAUUCUGCCGUCGUUUGGCCAAGCCAUAACUUCAGCAUUUCUGGUCUUGGUAUCACGUGAUAUGACGUAUCAUAAUCAAUGAGAUCCGACUGGUCAAUAUGCCUCACGUCAGAUAUAUGGUAUUUGCGUUCUGCAUCCGAUGGCAGUGGGAAGUUUUUGAAGACGCCGAAAUAUUUUCCUAGCACGUCUCCUUUAAGGAGCGGAGAGCCAAUGUAUCUUUCAUAUGUAUCUGUCAUAUAGGAAAUGGAAUUAAAAUGAAUAUUUCUGUCGCCAUAUUCUUC